AUGAGCGCCUUCCAGAAUGGCAGUGCUCCGGCACGAAAUAUCGACGAUGACUCCGAUAUCGAGGAGGAUGCUCUCGCCGCCGACUACAGAGAGCAGGUUCAGUACGAGGGCAUGGACGACAUGGAGGGCAACCAGAUGAGCAUGGCACAACAGACGGACGACAUCCAGAGCAGACUCGCUGCCGCUGCGCAACCGCUGGACUUCUCUGCCCCCCUCGAGGUCAAGUUUGCGAGUUACGAUAACUACUGCAGCCUGUUCCACUUCAUCCUGAACUCGGAGGGACCAGUCGACCUUGAACCACCCUCGUACUACUGGGCUUGGGACGUCAUCGACGAAUUCAUCUACCAGUUCAACUCCUUCUGCUCGUACCGAAACCGUAUCGCGCGCAAGGCUGACAACGAAGAGGAAAUCACCAUCCUCCGCGAAGCACCAAACACAUGGGGCUGCUACAGCGUAUUAAAUGUCCUCUACUCCCUCAUCCAAAGAUCGCAGAUCAACGAGCAACUGGCGGCUAUCAAGCGCAACGAGGAGCCCAUGGCAGUAGCAGGCGACUACGGAUCCAAGUCCCUCUACAGAAUGCUUGGAUACUUCUCCAUCAUUGGUCUCUUGCGGGUUCACUGCCUCCUCGGAGACUUCAGCCUUGCGCUGAAGACCCUGGAUGACAUUGAGCUCAACAAGAAGGCUAUGUUCGCGCGUGUUAUGGCCGCACACUUCACAACCUACUACUACGUGGGCUUCUCCUACAUGAUGAUGCGCCGAUAUGCAGAUGCCAUGCGCAUGUUCAGCCACAUCCUGAUCUACGUCUCGCGCACCAAGAACUUCCAGAAGAACGCCCAGUACGACUCCAUCUCGAAGAAGAACGACCAGAUGUACGCUCUGAUCGCCAUCUGCGUGGCUUUCCACCCCACCAGACUCGACGAGACGAUCCACACUGCUCUCCGCGAGAAGUACGGUGACCAGCUCUUGAAGUUGCAACGCGGUGGACCCGAGGCCCUCCCCAUCUAUGAGGAGCUGUUCCGCUCUGCGUGUCCCAAGUUCAUCUCGCCCACGCCUCCGGACUUUGACAACCCCGAGCUCAACAUCGAUCCCCUGGAGCACCACCUGUCGAUCUUCAUGGACGAGGUCAAGACCAACAUGUGGAACCCCACCGUCAAGUCAUACCUCCGUCUUUACACUACGAUGGAUCUGACGAAGCUGGCGGGCUUCCUCGACGUGGAGCCGGAGAAGCUGCGCGGCUGGCUGUUGGUUAAUAAGCAGCGAACCCGACAGAUCAGAUGGGCGGAGAACGGGCUCUUGGACGGUGAGAUAGUCAGCUCCAACGAUCUGGACUAUGCCAUGCAAGGAGACUUGAUCCACAUCUCGGAAGCCAAGGUUGGGCGCAAGCUUGUCGAUUGGUACCUCCGCAACCUGGCGCGCACAUACACACCAUAG